ACAGUGGUGAACAUUUACGACAGUAAUAAAAGUAUGUCGGAACAGCUGAAGAAAUCGGAAUACGACACUUGUGCUACACGUGGGUCCGUUCGGCAGACAGUCAACAUGGCUAAGAAGCGAAAAGUUGCAAGUGGCGAAACUGCUUCUAAAACAAGUAAGAAAAAAGCUUCACAGCGGGACGCAGCUCCCGGCGUAGUCGAAGAGGAGUUCUUGCCGACAGAACACGCCGACAGUGCCAGCGAGGAUGAGGGCCGCAGUGACGACGAGAGGAAGCACCAGAAGCUGCUGGAGGCCAUCGGCUCCCUGGACGGGACGAAAAGGAAGAAGCUCGCCGAGAGGUCAGAGGCGAGUGCGCAGGUGUCAGAGUUCGCUGUCAGUGCGGAAGGUGGCGGGGAGAAGAUCGAUCUGUCGGACUUGCUCGGCACCAUGCAGCAGGCCCGGCCCUCCAUCUCCCGCACUAGGAAGCAGCUGAGGAACCUGCAGAACUGCAAGGCCACCCUGGACCUGCCCCUGAGCCAGCAGGAGACCCAGAAGAUCCAGAGAGUUGUGGCCUACAAGAAGUCCAGGGAGGAUGUGUCCCGCUGGAAGAACGUGGUGAUCCAGAACCGGAAAGCGGAGCAGCUGGUCUUCCCCCUGAACCAGGAGCCCUCCGGCCCGCGACCCGUGGAGCAGGUGGUGGCUGGGUGGAAGGCACGGACCCCCCUGGAGCAGGAGAUCUUCAGCCUCCUGCACAAGAACCUGCAGCCCAUCACAAGCCCUGUGCUGACACCCCACGAGCAGGCCUCCCUUAAGGCCAUGAGCCUGGAGGAGGCUAAGAUGCAUCGUGCCGAGCUGCAGAAGGCCCGGGCCCUCCAGUCCUACUACGAGGCCAAGACCAAGAGGGAGAAGAAGAUAAAAAGCAAAACGUAUCACAAGGUGCUGAAGAAAUCCAAGCGCAAGGAUGUCCUGAAGGAGUUUGAAGAGCUGCGCAAGACCGACCCUGCAGCUGCGCUGGAGGAGCUGAAGAAGAUGGAGCUGACCAGGAUGAAGGAGCGAAUGUCUCUGAAGCACCAGAACAGCGGCAAGUGGGCCAAGUCAAGAGCCAUCAUGGCCAAAUACGACGAGGAGGCCCGCAAAGCCAUGCAGCAGCAGCUGGAGAUGAACAAGCAGCUGACGCAGAAACUGGCCGUGCCCUCGGACAGCGAGGAGGAGGAGGGGGCAGGCGAGGCGGAGGCCGUGCCGGAUUUCGUGAACGACGCCCAGCCGGCGGCCGACCCCUCCAACCCCUGGCUAAUGGGCAAGCUGAGGGCGGAGCCGGCUGCAGAGGAGGGGGCAGAGGAGGGGGCAGAGGAGGGGGCAGAGGAGAGGGCAGAGGAGAAGCCAGAGGCAGAGCAGCAGCAGCAGCAGGAGGAGGAAGAGGAAGAGGAGGGAGAGGAGGAUGCGCUUCUCCGGGAGUUCGAGGAGAGGCGCCAGUUACGCGAGGCUGAGAGUCCAGAUCAGCUGCUGCCGCCAGAGAAAGGAGAGAAGAGCGAGGAGGCGGAUAUGGAGGAGGAGGAGGUUUCGGAAUUUAACAGCCUCUUUCAGAGGCUGGUGGGAGGCAGGCGGGAGCCCCCGGGAAAGAGGGUGACGCCGAAGCCAAGGCGGGAGGACAGCGCGCCGCCUGCCGACGAGGGAGCGGAGAGAGAACAGCGCCCCCUGCUGGAUGAAGGGCUGAUGCGCGUCCAGACCCUGGAGGACUUGGACCUCCUGAGCCAGGGGGUGACGGGCGAGUCCGAUGGGCCGGCGCCGGAGUGCAAGGCACCGGGUCCCAGCUCGGAGGGCGAGGGCAGGAACGAGGGAGGGCAGGAGGUCAAGAAAAAGAAAAAGAAGGUGAUCAGUCUCAGUCAGGUGCUGACCAAGGAAGCCAAAGUCAUCCAGGUUCCGGUUGCUCCCACCGCCAUUGAGGAAGAGGAGGGUGAGGAGGUGCAGAAGAUGAUCAUCAAGGAGGCUUUUGCGGCGGACGACGUGAUCUCGGACUUCCUGAAGGACAAGCGGAGGCAGGCGGAGGAGUCGAGGCCGAAGGUGGUGGACCUGACCCUGCCGGGCUGGGGCGAGUGGGGCGGCGUGGGCCUCAAGCCCUCCAAGAGGAAGAGCAGGAGGUUCCGGAUCAAAGCGGCCCCUCCCCCACCCAGACAGGACCGGAACCUUCCUGACGUCAUCAUUUCCGAGAAGAGAGACGCUUCUAUCGCAGCCCACCAGGUCGCCCAGCUGCCCUUCCCCUUCGAGAACCCGACGCAGUUUGAGCGCAGCGUUCGCAUGCCGGUCGGACAGACCUGGAACACCCAGCGCUCCGUCCAGAAAAUCACGGCCCCCAGAGUCGUCACACAGCUGGGCGCCAUCAUUGAGCCCAUGGCCAAGGAGGACUUCCUGCAGGGAAAGAGCGCACAGGCUGCUGGGAAGCUCCCGGACAUCGCGCUCACGUCCAGCGGCGGGGACCCCAAGAAGAGAGCGAAGGGGUUCCGGAAGAAGGGGGCCCCCAGGCAUAGGGAGCACCAGAAGGACCAGCAGCCGAGCGAGGAGACAGAGGCCUGAUCCUGGCGCUUCGAUGGGGACAGCUGCCAGGCGCGGUCUUCUUCAUCUGCUCAGCUCAACUCUAACUGUUUUCGGCUCGUUUUUAACCCGCUGGGGACCGCAGGUGAACUGUAAAACUUCACGGAUGAAAUUGGUAACGUUUUUUAAAUCUGAAAGCGGUGAACCGAGGUCUGUUUACACGAGCCAGGAGUUCGCUGAAGGCGGGAAUGAGGUUACUGCGAGCUCAAAGUACGGCCGACGUCAGAGGACCCCAGGAUAGUGAUGACUGGGGCUGGGGAGGCCUCCACUAGACCUUUGUGUCGGGGGAAGACGGCUGUUUUGAAGAGGGCCUUCAGCUGACUGUUGCCCUAAAUACUCCCCCCAUUGUACUAGUGCAGCCUGUUUGGACAACACUGAAUUGCGGUGAUUUAAAUGGACAUUCCCCGUCUGUAAAUCUCAAUUAGUAAAAGAUUUCUUGUGUCAAGAUUCUGUGUAUUGGCUUUUCUUGAAUUGCAUAGAGGAAAACCCUAGAACUUCAACUUUAUCUCUGAAAUUAGGAACGAUAAACCUGAGGUUUUGCGGACUGUAGAACACAGAGAAGCUUUAAAUCACAACAAUUAAGGUUCAUUAAAAAAAUUACAAGGAA